AUGAAGGAAAUUUUAUUGGAAAUAUGCCCGAACUUUGGACCUGCAAUGGACAAAAUUGGAAGGUAUUUUGAUAAGUUAGAAAGAAUAAAUGGGAUGUAUGCUAAAAUGAUCAAGUUACAAGACUUA